GCCAUUCUCCUCAUAUUCUUUAUUGUGGUACCACCUAGUGUAUAUAUACCAUAUAUAUAUAUACAUAUAUAUAUAUGUGUGUGUGUGUGUGUGUUGUCGAAGGUACGGCGACUAGGUAGGAAAGUAUACUGACAUCACUACGCUAAAAGUCCUUGUGGGCCGGAAUGACUUCAACUGCUGUCCAAGUUCCGCCUUGUCUGACUCCACCCAGAUAAACAGCAAUCCGGCACCUCCCAUCCUUCAUACGAAAUAGAGUCCGAAAUACACCCAAUCCCGCGUCAAAUAUCUCAUAGCUCAAGACCGUGGCGCCCAAACCGUUUCCUCGCAGUCGCUGGCGCGCUCCGCCGAGCUUCCCCGCUAGGCGACAACUACCCUCACGUUCUCUACCUCCCCUCCCUCGUUUCUCCGCUAGAGACCGUGGUGCUCCGCAAGGAAAAUUCUUUAAUCUUCUCCGUGCGCUCUUCGGGUCUAACGCGAGCCGCCGUGCUCAGUCUCGCCUCUGGGAUUUCCGCCACGAGACGAUCCCCGCCCUUCGCCAUCGAGCUCAGGCAAGCCUAUACCGAGCGAUUGUCCGACGACAAGCGAGACGACUUCAGAAACACCAAGCGGGCAGACGAGGAGUAUUAGAUUUUCUUGUCGGGAGAAGAAGGCGACUGAGGAGAUCGGACACUGGUGGUGGGAAGGCGGCGCAUGCGACAGUACGAGUUCCAAUGUCACAGUAUUUACCGUCGACAUCUUCAUGGGGCUCAGGAGGCGGUGCCAGUGGCGGGCGUCGCAAGAAGGUCUUUGAGUACCUGAAGGCCGCCAAUGAAUUACGGCAAACAUACGCUGCACAAUGGGCGGCGCAGAUAAACCCGUCUCGUGAAUACGAUGAAGAGUAUCUGAAGAACACACCGGGAGCAUUUCCAGAUGUUGAGAUCGCACGGUCUGGGCAUGAGGAAAUGGUAAUAUUCCCGACUUACGCAAGGCGACUUGUCAGAGACUACUACCCUAAGCGGCGUCGGGGAUCGACUUCGACCCUUGAUGAAUAUCGUGGUGUGGCCGACGAGUCCGAGCUGGACAGACUUGAACGGGAUAUAUUAAAAGAUGAGAAUGCGAUCGUCGCGGUUGAUGUGCGAGGCUGGGUAUACUCGCCCCAUCGCGGGGCGAUGACUCGAAAGCAUCGCUUGAUGAUUGCACUUGCGAGGAAGUUAAGCGGUAUACCGGCCCCGAGUAAUUCCUCGACUGAUGGCGACGGGCCCAAUUCCGAUGCCGCUUCGAUAGGGAAGACAUCUGGCAAAAGGGAUGAUGACUUUGUGGAUGCGGAGGCGCAAUCGAUCAUUAGAAAAGCGGAAGGCAGCGCGGAUCCGGCCUGGAAAUCGAGUGCGUCGGAACGCGACGGUGAAGCAACUCCUGGACGACCUUUGCAAAGAACGUCGACGACAUCAACACUCGAGCCUUCCCAGAUGAGUACGGAUGAGCUUACGAUUGCAAACGCUCACCUCAUGGAGAGGCUUCACCCUUUCUUGACAAAUCCCAUGAACCAGCAGCCCGUCACAGUGUUCUUCUUCAAUGAUGGGAAGAGUCAGUCUAGAAGCGUGGUGACCGACGAAUCGGGUCACUUCACAUUACGGGCAGCAUUACCUUUCAUCCCGAGUCAUAUCCGUGUUCUGGCGUCGGAGGGCUUGUCUGGCAUGAAAAGGGUCGAAGUCAUAGAACCAAGUGGCGUCAGCUUGAUUAGCGAUAUUGAUGACACAGUUAAACAUUCGGCUAUUGCAAGUGGAGCCAAAGAAAUAUUUCGAAAUACCUUCAUUCGCGAACUGGACGACUUGACCGUCGACGGAGUUUCAGAGUGGUAUAAUAGGUUGGUCAAAAUGGGUGUACAGAUACACUACGUCUCCAAUUCACCAUGGCAGCUUUACCCGUUAUUGGAGCGCUAUUUUAAAUUGGCGGGACUGCCUCCUGGUUCAUUUCAUUUGAAACAAUACAGCGGUAUGCUUCAGGGGAUCUUCGAGCCUACUGCAGAGAGGAAAAAGGGAAAUCUCGAGCAGAUACUUCGGGACUUCCCGACACGCAGAUUCAUCCUGGUUGGUGAUAGCGGCGAGGCAGACCUCGAGGUCUACACAGAUGUUGCCCUCACGCACCCUGGGAGGAUAUUAGGAAUCUUCAUCCGCGAUGUCACCACAUCAGAUGUUAAGGAGUUCUUUGAGAAAUCCAUCGAUCACCUGGAGCAUCAUCCAUCUCGCACUCGCAGCACCCCCCAGUUCACCGACACCAGCGAUGUAGCUGCUAACCGUCCUGCAUUACCACCUCGCCGGACACUUGCUCCAGGAAACCCAUCUUCUGAUGCUAUGAGCCUGGAUAAUACUGAUCUGAUCGACCUCCGUGACGACGAAGACUUGAGAGAUACCCAGUCUGACACUACAAAGCCAUUGGAUGGGCGCAAACCACCGGCAAAACCAUCCAAACCAUCCUCCCUACGUACCGUCUCAGCCAUGGCAGACCAGCCUGGAAAGGAUAGUGUAUCCCAGAUCCAGGACGCCAUCAAGCGAAAGCCAGUCCCACCAUUACCGCUGCGUCGUGCUUCCCCAGCAAAACAAGACUCCCUGCUAGACAGAAACCAAACCAACGAUAUCCCAGCUCCACCAAAUUCGCUGCCAAUUUGCUCCAGAACAUUCAACGAAGCCAAAUCACCUGGAUCUCAGGAGCCCACCCGGUCCAAGCAACCCCCUCCACCGCCCCCACCCCGCCGAAGUAACACAGGAGCAACCACAUCAACAACAACCUCCAAUUCAAGCACAAACCGCCCCCCACCCCAAAAGCAACCCCAAUCAUACCCCACAGCAGCAGCAUCAGCUGCUCUACAAUACGCAUCAGAGCGUCUGCACUGGUCCGCAUCUCCCAACCUGCGACCCACAACUACUACCGCCUCAGGUAGAUCAAGCACAAACAGUCUGGAUGGCGAUCAACAGUCGAUGUCAGGUUCUGCCCCACUGGCUCCAUUACCGAACAAGCGGGAAGAACUCUGGCGUCGGCGUUGGGAACGAGCGCACGAAAUCCUGGCUGAUAAGGGUGUGGUACUGGGAAGUUGGCGAGUUGGGGCGGAUGCUCAAGAUGUCACGGUGUGGUUGGUACAGGAGGCGAUGAAAGAUGUUCAAUCCUCUUCUCGAUCGGAUAUGAGGGGGAACUAGAUUCAGCGUAUAGAUUAUGAUCGGAGCAGGAUGAUUUGUAUAUCUUAACAUAUCUAUGGAUGGCCCUCACGCGCUUCACGAUGUAUGUAUAUCCACUCCUUAUGAAUGCGAUUUAGCCAUAUCAUGCAUAGGAUCUUCGUGUGUUGCUACGACGACAAA